AUAUGCAGCACUCAUUACACCUCCCAAAAAAAAUAUGCCAAUUGUGCCAUACACUCCUUCUUUAACUGCUACUGUUAUGAGUUACUCUUUGAAUGACAAAGAAAAUAUCCUUUCUCCAGCCAAGAAAACAUGUGAGACCUCACCAUCUAAAACUAAAGGUUUGCAGACAUCAGGCUUCAUUACCAAGCCACUCCUUGAAAAGCAUCAACUAAAUACCCUUACCCUUAGUGAAAAUGGCAACAGUUGCAAGUUAGCCCCUGAAAAUGAUUCAUCUAUCAUAAAAAGAAAGCGAAAGGAACCUAUGAACUCUGAGAGUGGCUGUUCUAGAACUGAUGUCUUACCAAUGAAGAAACUAAAAACUUAAGGCUACACUGGCAAGCCACCUCGACCAGUUGUCAUCAAUGCAAAUGGGAGUGCUUUGAAGUUGGACUGCUUCGUCACAGAGACUUCAAACCAAAACAUUAAUUUCGCUUGUCCCUAGUGCAAAGCACGCACGACGCUCAGCCGCUG